AUGGUAGCGGAUGCCUUCUCAAACAUGAAUCAUGCACAAGUAGCUUGCAAAAGCAUUCAUGGUGCAAAAGCAAAUAGAAGUGGCCCGGAAAUACCACAUCCUCUUUUUUUAGAUGACAGUCUCCUUUUUACUAGAGCCAACCGACAAGAGUGCCAAGAAAUAGUUGUUAUUCUCAAUAAAUAUGAAGCGGUAACUGGUCAGAAAAUUAAUUAUGAAAAGGACGUUUCAGUCAGUAGAGGGGUUAGCACUGAUCGCAAGAGGGAGUUGAUUGAUAUCUUGAGCAUGAAAGAGGUAAAGAAGCAUGAAAAAUAUUUGGUAAUUCCUGCCAUUUGUGGAAGAUCGAAAAGUGUGACUUUUGGGGCUUUGACUGAUAGAGUUUGGAAAAAACUACAUGGCAGGAAGGAAAAAUUGUUAUCGAAGGCGGGAAAGGAAAUUCUCCUAAAGGAACAUUCGAUCAACCCAUGGCUAGUUGAUGAAGGUGGGAGAUUUAUUGUGAGUGACAUUCUUGAUGAGCUGCAACAAGUAAGUGAUAUCAUUGAUCAUGUUAGGCAUGAGUGGAGAUUGGACUUACUAGCAGAGCACUUUAAUGAGAGGGAUCAGAGAUGUAUACUUUCUAUCCCCCUUAGUGUUAGAGCCCCAAAGGAUGUGUUGAUGUGGGCAUUCUCAAAAGAAGGUACGUAUAAUGUUAAAUCUGCCUACAUGUUGGGUAAGGGAUGUAAUCUUGAUAAUUUUCACAAUGCUUGGGUGAAAAUUUGGAGUUUGGAUGUUUCCUCUAAAAUCCAAAAUUUCCUAUGGAGAGUGUGCACGAAUACACUUCCAACCAGGUCUGACUUGGUGCGCCGUCACAUGAUAGAGAGCCCUGCUUGCUCGUGGUGUAAUAGAGAUACAGAGAGCACCUUGCAUGCCCUGUACAACUGCAGCAGGGUUAAGCACCUGGGUGCUAUAUUGGCUUGGUGUGUGUGGACUGAGAGGAACAAGAAGAUCUUUAAUAACAAGUUUACUCCUAAUUUGGUGAUCAUGGAUAGAGUAGAAAGGCUAGAGGAUGAUCAAGGAAAAUAUGCUAAAUGCAUUUACCAAAGACCUGGAAUCAAAAGAGUGCAACAACAGCGUGCUUGGAGUGCACCUCCUCCUGGUGUGGUCAAAAUAAAUUCUGAUGCCUGCCUAAGCACUGAAGGUAACGUGGGGCUGGGUGUUGUGGCAAGAAAUGAAGGUGGUGACGUAAUAUUUACUGCUAUUCGUCGAUCAAAUGCAUGGUGGAAGCCUGUCAUUGCAAAGGCUAAAGGCAUUGUGAUGGCCUUGAGACUUGGGAAAAAGUAUGGCUUGAGGGAUGUGGUAGUGGAAUCAGACUGCGAAGUGAUCGUCCACAGGUUGCAAAAAUAG